CAGACCUCAUGAAUCGUGCAUUUUUGAUUUCACAUACAUAGAACAGAAUACAUUUGUACGUGUUUCAAAACCGGAAUUGCACAAGUUUAGGUGCUAUAGCGACUGUAUCAUUGUCUUUAUACGCAUCCGUGCCUUUGUGAAUGUUUCUUUAGCUUUCGUUGCAGUCUCUCCUCGACGAUUGUUCCAACUCGCUGCUUGAAACUCUCACUGUGUACUUAUAGGUUAUGCAUCUACAGUAAGCAAAGUAAAAGGAUAGUACCAUGGCGGCCGCUCGGUUUCGCCCCUCUCUCAACGAGAUGAACGAAGCGAUAGAGGCCGAAGGUGCCUUCAGUAUCAAACCUGACUCGCUUUACUACUACGAUGAUGAUGAGAUAGUGUGCACAGGGACUGUUCAGCUCAGUCCCUUUCAUUCGAUUCAGAAAAUAGAGGCUGUGCUGCAAUCAACUGUGAUAUACACUAAACGUUCCACUAAUAAAAAGACCAAACGUCCAGUGUUCCGCAUCCGUGUUUCUAUACCGGAGUUAGAUAUGGAGUCUUUAUCAUUGCAACCGUUCGAAGUGAGAGUCAAAGUGCCUAUGUUCACACCCCCAACGGUACACAGCAAGGGUACGUUCCAUAUUAGUCAGAGAAUCGUACGGAUCGAUGCAUUCGUGCGGUGGAGCCUGGAGCUUGUAGGGUUUUACCCACAGGAAAACUUACUUACACUCUCAGGUCCAUCUUCCCGGCGUGCACGUUCAGCUACAACCACAACACUUGACAGAGACUUCAGAAGCGGUGAGACUGCGACCCUAAUGGAGCCUGUACCGGAAGUGCUUACGUUGGGUGAGGGUGGUGGUGAAAAUGAGCAUGAGAAUGAGAAUGGGGAAAUCGGAGCUGACGGAAUUCUGGUAACGGAAUCUGAGUCUACAGAACAGGAUGCAGAGAAUGAGGAGAGACGACGGGAAGACGCGGCAGCGCUUGGAACUUCGUUGGAGCAGGAACCACGGCUUAUCCUGCUGGCAAGGACUAAGAUUAACAAGCGGUCGUUGUAUGAAAAGACAGCAGGAGAGGUAACGGUCGAGGGGAGUACGAGAGGAACGAUCGUAAAACAAUUGAAAGGAGAGACGAAAGAUAUGCCAAGUGUAGAACACGACGAUGUAUUAGCCGAUACAGAAAUGGGGGAGAUAUCUGAUGAAGGCCUGGGAGAACCAGAGGAACCUCGACCAUCGGUAGUCGAAAAUGUGGCCUCGAAAACUUUCCAACCAGCAACUAAAGCUGAUUUGCAGUUUAUGUACGAGGCACAAGAUAACUCUUUGACUUCUUACCAGAGUGCUGGUAGCUCUAACAGCGAUAAGCAUGGCGCUAUAUCCCUCGAGCAUCCAGAGGAACAGGCUCGAGCAGAUAGAGAACGGGAGAUAGCGGCCACUGAGUUGGAUGCGAUCUUGCAAACAGAUUACGAAAUCGGGGACGAUAAGUCCGAUGUUCACAAGAAGGUGUUCAUUAUGCGUGCCACUUUGACCCAAUCUACCACACUCUGCAAUAAGGAGCCCUUCGAAAUCAAGGUAUCACUUCUGAAUGAAACCAAAACUAUUAUAGCUCGCAGCAUCGAAGCAAGCCUGGUCCAGGUCAAUUCGUACUUUCUGAGUGGUCGAAGACUGAGGCAGAGCACAACCGUGGCCAGCGACAAAAUCAAAUUAUCCAAAUUCAAAACUAAGUCCCUAUAUACACACACGCUCACAAUCGAUCCCGCGUGCAAGAGAUUAGCAAAGGACCUUGAGAAUUUCGCGUCUGAUGGCUAUAAUGGCGUCAUUCCCGCACCCACGGCCUCUGUUACUGGUGUCAAAGGGUAUAGUCUGCUUGUGGUCGAUUACAAGGUUGUGAUCACUGUAAAGGUUUGGGGUGGUGAUGAUAUCGUGAAGACUAUCGCUGUGGACUUGGAGAGUGUUGCCGAACGACCAGGACGAUCAGACCGCUACCUAGACUCCCAGCGACUACCCGUACCACAGCGGGAUAGUGUGAAUCCUUCACUUCUAGCAGGUAACAAUUCUUCCGGGGCGCAGGAGGUUGUCGAUGACGACAACACUGUAUACGAUGGCUUCGCUGAUGCUGGUAGUUCAACCAGUAACCUAACUGCGGUUCACGCAAACGCUUCCUGUUCGAAUCUCAACUCUGACACGAGCUCAGGCCCAUUCACCCCCGACAGGCGCGGUGGUCGACAACGGUCUAAUUCUACGUCACCGCGAGUAGGUCCUGUACCUGUAUCCUUAGGUGUAGGUUCGUCUCAGUCUGUCGAACGUAUCCAGUCUAAUCUGUCUCUUCGCUUUGGUACAUUGACAGCCCCCCUCCGCAUAUCUUCGCCUGCUCUGUCGGCAGCCAAUACGCCGCCGCAGUAUGGUGAGAUCGGAUCGAAGUCCACUAAAUCGUACGGCAAUCUCGAACGUCGACGUCAGUCGUCUGCGGAUCGUCGUGGUUCUGUAUCUGUGUCGGAUUCCAUGCUAAAUGACAAUGGUGAAACUCCAGGAACUCGUAGGAGGAGCAGACAAGGAUCAGUCGGUGCGCGAGGUAUCCGACGUCUUAGUAAGGCGAUCACACCAUUACUUGGUAUAAAUGGUAGUUCUGGUAAUAUAACAGUUCCGCCAGAAUUUACGCGGAGUGAGAAUGAUGUGGCUCAAGACUCGCAAACACCCAAUACAUCUCUGCACGAUUUAGCAGAAGGUAUAGAUGAAGGUAGUGAUAUCCCCAAGAAAAAGAAGAGUAGUAGGCGUGGCACAUUUAACGUGGGUACUCUAAGACGUCUGAGUAAGGCUAUUCUGCCUGUGCCAAAUACAACUGACUCGAGUGAGGGUACCGAAGUAAGUGAGCAAAAGGCAUCUGCUGGAAAGAAGAAUACCUCUACUGGUAGCACAGAUGAUGUCACAAGUAUUAAUGCCGGAGGAAAUCAUGUGAAUUCACUACCGAAAACCACCUCUGGUGUACUUUUGCAGAUCAAUGACAACAACGCAGGUAUUAGUGACGAUGAUGGCUUACCCGCGUAUUCACAGGUGGUAAACUAGAUAUGCUAAAGCAGUGGGUGCAUUCAUCGGCAAGUUCCGCACUCGAAUUCGAUUUGUGAAGCAAUCCGGCCCUGUGUGUGAAUGCAAAUUGCGCAGCGAUUGCGCAUUCGAUUUCCGUAUACACAAACUUCAAAUUCGGGCGCUACUUGUGGAGAAUAUAAUUAACUGUGCAAGCGACUAGAUAAGCUGUUCCAUUUCAUAUCAACAUGCCAAAAUGAUCAGCAUGACGAAUCUGGUUAUAUAAAUUGCCAAAUAAAAGUGAACAUGAGUACUUUCAGGUACCAGGCUCCGCAAAGAAAAUAUACUCCCUUUUACAUACACGACACAAAUAGACAAAAUAAAUGCAACUUUCAUUGGAAAC